AUGAAGUCUGAACUUUACUUCCUCAUCGUGCUGCUGCAGCUUGCUAUGCAGUUAGCAGUGGCCAACCCAGCUGCACACCCAGAGCCUGACUCUCCCUCUCUGGAAAAGAGACAGGUGACCUCUCCGCUUGCGACCAGCUUGCCUGGACAGACUACCGCCGCUAGGACGACGGCCCCUGCCUCCACCCGUACGUCCAGCUCGCCUGGCACGACUCGCACCGCUAGUGUGACUACCACUGCCUCUUCUCCUACUUCCAGCUCGCCUGGUACGACUAGCACUAGGUCUGGGGCCUCCAGCACCUCUGGCACGGCUAGCACUUCUUCCCGGACUUCCGGCACAUCUGGAGCUGGCCCGACUAGCACCCCGACCUCUAUCCCUGAAGUUCCCCCUGGCCCAGUCACCGUCGUCGUCAACGUCGCCAUCGCCAUCGCCAUCUCUGGCGGCAGUGGACAGGACGCAGCCGCCGCCGCCGCAAAAGCCGCAGCCUCUGGCGGAGGAACGAAUGCCCAAGCUGCCGCCGUUGCCGCCGCUGCCGCCGCCGCCGGUGGAGGUAGUGCACAGGAUGUUGGGGUCGUUGCCGCAGCCGCGGCCGCGGCCGCCUCCGGUGCUAAUGGAGGGGGUGUCGCUGAGGCUGCUGCUGCGGCCGACGCCGCCGCCGGUGGAGGGAGUGAUGCUGCCGCGGCCGCCUCGGCCGCCGCCUCCGCUGGUGCGAGCGGAUGGAAUACCGCCGCAGUUGCUGCUGCCGCUGCCGCGGCCGCCUCGGGUGCUAGUGGAGCGGAUACCGCCUCCGCCGCGGCUGCUGCCGCCGUCACUUCCUGCGGAGGGGGUGUCGCCGCUGCUGCUGCUGCCGCCGCCGCCUCCGCUGGAGGCAAUGGAACGGAUGUCGCUGCCGUUGCCGCUGCCGCCGCCGCCGCGUCUGGUGGCGGAGAUGGAAAGGCUGUCGCCGACGCCUGUGCUUCUGUCGCCUCCUCCGCGGGUGGAGGAAGUGCUGCUGUUGCCGCCGCUGCGUCCGCCGCCUCCGAUGGAGCUGAUGGAGCUAAUGUCGCUGCCGCUGCCGCUGCCGCUGUUGCUGCCGCUUCUGGUGCUAAUGGAGAUAUUACCGCCGCGGUCGCCGUCGCGGUCGCUGCCGCUGGGGGUGGUGGAUGGAAUGGCGCCGCGACGGCUGCUACCAAAGCUGCUGAUAGUGGGGAUAGCGGACAGGAGGUUGCUGGCGCUAUUGCUUCUGCCCCGAAUAGUGGAGGUAUUGGCAAUAGUACUGGGACUGGCGGUAUCAGCACUGGAUCCGGCAGCAAUAGCACUGGAUCCGGCAGCAAUAGCACUGGAACUGGCAGCACUAGUACUGGAACCGGCGCUACCAGCACCGGAACUGGCACUACCAGCACUGGAACCGGAAGCACCGGUACUGGACCCGGUACUGGAAGUGGUUAA